UGGGACAUCCGUUAUUGGUUAGACGACUUUCCCAACUUUUGUGUGUGUGUUUGCCUAUAUUAUUCCUUCCAACUGAGUUAUCUCCAUUUCUGCUUUGUGUUGCAGCUUCAAGCUAAGAAAGACAUACUUUCCUUGACCAUGGGGCAAAAGCAUUUGGCUGUGGCUUUCUGUUUAUGGGCUUUAUCAUGUUCCCUUCUACCUUCUUUCUCCUUUGGAAUUGUGAGAAUUGGAUUGAAGAAGAGACCUUUAGAUCUUGAGAGUAUUAAUGCUGCUAGAAAGGUAAGAGAUGAUUUAAGAUCAGGAAGACCAGUGAUGGGUGCACAUGAUCAAUAUAAUAUUGAUAAGUCAAAAGGUGAAGAUAUAGUACCCUUGAAGAAUUAUUUGGACGCUCAGUACUUUGGUGAGAUUGGAAUUGGCACACCCCCACAGACCUUUACUGUCAUAUUUGAUACUGGUAGCUCCAACCUUUGGGUUCCAUCAUCAAAGUGCUACUUCUCGCUUGCCUGCUAUACCCAUAAUUGGUACAAGUCAAAGAAAUCCAAAACAUAUACCAAAAAUGGAACAUCAUGUAAAAUAAGUUAUGGAUCUGGAUCAAUAUCUGGUUUCUUCAGUCAAGAUAAUGUUAAAGUUGGCAAUGCUGUUGUCAAGCAUCAGGAUUUCAUUGAGGCUACUCGAGAAGGAAGUCUUUCCUUUCUGGCAGCAAAGUUUGAUGGAAUAUUUGGGCUUGGAUUUCAGGAGAUCUCAGUAGCAGAGUCUGUGCCAGUAUGGUACAAUAUGGUGGAGCAAGAUCUUAUCGGUGAAAAGGUGUUCUCUUUUUGGCUCAAUGGGGAUCCAAAAGCGAAAAAGGGUGGGGAAUUAGUCUUUGGUGGUGUUGACCCAAAGCACUUCAAAGGAAAACACAGUUAUGUUCCAAUUACUAAAAAAGGUUACUGGCAGAUUGAAAUGGGAGAUUUUUUCAUUGGAGGCCUCUCAACAGGUGUUUGUGAGGGUGGAUGUGCUGCUAUUGUGGAUUCAGGAACGUCUUUGCUUGCUGGUCCAACUUCUGUUGUGGCUGAAAUCAACCAUGCUAUCGGAGCUGAAGGAGUCCUGAGUGUAGAAUGUAAGGAAGUCGUUUCUCAAUAUGGAGAGUUGAUAUGGGAUCUCUUAGUAUCAGGGGUAAAACCUGCUGACAUAUGUUCACAAGUUGGUUUAUGUCUUGGCAAAAGGGGUGGAUCUAAGAGCACUGGGAUUGAGAUGGUGACUGAAAAGGAACAGAGAGAGUCAUCAGCUAGAGAUACUCCUUUGUGUUCUUCUUGUCAGAUGCUUGUUCUGUGGAUCCAGAAUCAACUAAAACAAAAGGCAACAAAGGAUAAAGUAUUCAACUAUGUGAACCAACUGUGCGAGAGCCUGCCAAGUCCAUCUGGAGAAUCAGUGAUAAGCUGUAAUAGUCUUUCUCGGAUGCCAAACAUUACAUUCACUAUUGGAGAUAAACCUUAUGUCCUCACACCAGAGCAGUAUAUUUUGAGAACUGGAGAAGGCAUUACAGAAGUCUGCCUUAGUGGGUUUAUUGCUUUUGAUAUUCCUCCUCCGCGGGGUCCAAUCUGGAUUCUUGGCGAUAUUUUCAUGAGGGCAUAUCACACUGUCUUUGACUACGGAAAUCUCCAACUUGGUUUUGCUGAGGCUGCCUAAGUACACUUCUGGAGGAAUAUCUUUAGGAAUAUUUUAAUAAUUUUGUUUGUGUUGUAAAUAAGCUGUUGUAACUCUACUAUAGCUCAGGUUCACCUUCUGGAUUCACAAAUGUUAUUUAUUUAUCUAUGCAAUACACGCAGCAUAAGACGUGAAACUAUCUACUUGGAAUUAUUGUAUGCUGUUACAUGAAAGAACCAUUUUCAUUGGGGCUAGCCCCUCUUGUGUACCGAAAAAAGAGA